AUGCUGUCAUGCAGAAAGAAAAGCUAUCGUAGCAAAUGUACGUGCGCCAUCUCAAGGGUCCAAUUGCCACGACACGAGGUAGCUAAUGCCUGCGACCGGGCUUCGACUCUGAGCUUCGGUCUCUUCUCGUCCCGGAGGAAUCGCCUCGGCAUCGACCUGCUAGUUGUCGCGACUUUGGAUGUCUCUGUGAAGCGGUUAUCUGUUUGGUUUGUUUAUGUGAAAAGCCGACCGCUGCUGCUGACUGUGUCCUGCGGCGGUGCAGCCCCUCCUCCACUUGCUGGCUCCGCACCAGGGCCAAGACCAGCAACAGGAGGCGGAAUAGGCUGCUUUGAAGAGGAGCUUAUUGAGCUAUGCAUCGUUGCAGUUGAUUGGGAGAAGGCAGAAGAGGUCAGCCGAUUCCAUCGUUUCAUCAGGCCCGGCGAGUGGGACGAAAAAGAUGCCGAGAUGCGGCAGGCGUUUCCUCCGUCAUGCUUCGCUCCUACAAAGGCUCUGGCGUUCAGUGAUGUCCUGGCCGAUCUCAUGGACUGGCUGCCGAAUUUGCUUGGGGUCACUCUGGAUGAGGUGAUGCCCGAGGAUUUUCUUUGGGUCAGUCCCAGGGAUUGGGAGAUCCAGAACUUGCUGCCCAGGCGCUGCACGUACGCAGGGGUGGACUGCGGCCUUCAGGAUUUCUUCUUGCGGCGCUGGUGUUGCCUCAAGGACGUGUUCAGGCAGCACUUUGCUCUACCGAAUGAGGCAGCGCCGAAUGGUCUUUCAGCUAUGGCUAGAUACCUCGGACAAGCUCCAAGCGACAAGGCAAAAAGAACCUUCUGCAUGGACGAGAACGCAAUCGUCGUGCGAGUAACGCUGGAGCUUGCGAGAAAAGGGUGGAAGCCCACAGCCACUGCGUGGCGGGCAUCUGUCAUGGCACCGACAACCUUUCUGUUGCCCAGACGUGGCGACGUCCCUGCACCAGAAGCCGAGCGCAGUGGCAAGCGCAACUUCUCACAGAUGGAGGCAGAUCCUUUCUCCGCAGGGCCGCCGCCAUCCAGGCCUCCGCAAGGGCCUCCGGGGUCUUCGACCGGUGUCAUUGGUGCCACGGCCAAAGCUGCCGCAAAGGCCAAGGUGGUGACAUGGCACGGUGGAGAUGGUGUGAGCUGGUGUAAGCACAGAGAAGACGAGCUGGCUGUGCGCAAACACUUGAAGGUCUUCGUUGGAGGACUUCCAGACAAAGCCGACGAGCGAGAGGUUGAGCAACACUUCACCAAGUACGGACACGUGGUUCACUGCAAUGUCUGCCCUCCGAAGGAUGGAGAAAAAAACAAGGCUCCGUACGCCUUCGUGACUUUCAGAUUUGCAGCCGAUGCAGAUUGUGCCGUAGUUGACAGACAGGACUUUCCAGGUGUUCAGAGGCAGCUGGCCAUGGGAUUUGCCACGCCCAGAAAGAAGGACACGGAUGAGGAGAAGCAGAAGCAGGACUCAAUGCUUAGUGAGGCCGAUCCGUGCAAGGUCUUCGUGGGUGGCAUCGGCGACAGGGAUAGUGAAGAGGAGGUAGGCGAUUUUUUCUCUCAGUGGGGUCUCGUCACUUUGGUCUACAGAGACAGAGCGUCGUGGGGCUUCGUCCACUUCGCAACCAAAGAAGCUGCCCUGCGCAUUCUCGAGGAAAGCAACGUGGUUUUCCACAGGCGCAAGUUGGACAUCAAGAAAGCUUCGGAGUCGAAGAAGACGAUGAGCGACGAUGAGAGGUACGACUUGGUGAAGCGUGCGAUUGCCAGGCAUUUUCACAAGAAGAGCGUGCAGCAUGCCCCACCUCCAGGCUAUCCACCGCCCGGUGGGUAUUACCCGCCGCCACCAGGCUACUAUGGUGCCCCACCACCAGGCUAUCCAGGUUACCCACCUCCCAAUUACCCACCACCUGGCUAUCCACCGUCAAGUGCGUAUCCUCCUGUCUACGGAUCCCAGCCACCCCCCGGUGGGCACUAUGCCGCGCUUCCGCCUUCUAGUCCGCCACCACCCCGGGAAGCACUGCCAGCGCCUUCGCCAGCUUCCGACGACCCCUAUCGACAACCAGCAGGAGAUCCUUAUGCUGCAUACGGCAGGGACAGGGAUCCUUACUCUGGCUACGACCGCGACAGGGAGCACGAUAGAUAUCGUCGACCAGAGGACGCUCCGAGUCGUGACCCUUACGCACACCUUUCAGGUUAUUAUGGACCGCCUCCUGGACAGCCCGAAGGUGCUCCUCCGCCUGCUGGCGUGUACGCAUCCUAUGCUGUCGACCCAAGAUAUGAGCCUAGGUAUCAGCCUUACUGA